GUUUCUGGUCAGCAAGCAUCAUCAAGUUAUCUAAAGGUCGUAAAGAGAUCGCAAUUUACCAGCUCUGAUAAGAUGGUAAGACUGAUGGACGAAGUGGAGUCCAUAUUCACAAAGCACUUCGCAAACAAUGACAGGAAAAAGGCUAUGAAGUUCUUGAGACCCCACCAGCAGAAAGAUUCUCACAUGGUCACUUUCUUUGUUGGAUUAUUUACUGGUUGCUUUGUCUCACUGUUUAGUAUUUACAUAAUACUGGCCCAUCUUUCUGGAAUUUUCACCUCUGGUGCUCAAGUUUCAUAUUUAGAGACUGUUUAUCCUGUUUUCAGCGUGUUUGCGUUGCUGAGUCUACACAUGUUCAUGUAUGGAUGCAAUCUGUUUAUGUGGAAGAGCACGAGGAUAAACUACACCUUUAUCUUCGAGUUUGCACCAAACACAGCGUUGCGUUACCGAGACGCGUUUCUAAUGGGAACCACGUUUAUGACAUCAGUCGUGGCCGCUAUGGUUAUACAUCUCAUCCUCCGCGCCGCCGGUUUUUCCGCCAGUGAAGUCGACACCAUUCCUGGCAUCCUUCUCUUGAUCUUCAUUUGUGUCUUGAUAUGCCCUUUCGACACAUUCUAUCGUCCUACAAGAUUCUGCUUCAUUUGCAUCUUACGUAACAUUGUUUGCUCACCGUUCUACAAGGUUUUGAUGGUUGACUUUUUCAUGGCUGAUCAACUUACUAGCCAGAUUCCAUUGCUAAGACAUAUAGAGUCGACCGCGUGUUACUUCAUGGCUCAAAGCUUUCGAACACACGAGUAUAAUACCUGCAAAAACGGAAGAAUCUACAGAGAACUUGCUUACCUAAUCUCUUUCUCACCUUACUUCUGGCGUGCCAUGCAAUGCAUAAGGAGAUGGUGGGACGAAUCAAACACCGAUCACUUAGUCAACAUGGGGAAAUACGUUUCUGCGAUGGUUGCUGCCGGAGUCCGCAUAACCUACGCAAGAGAAAACACCACCCCGUGGUUAGCCGUCCUGCUGGUGAGCUCGGUCGUGGCCACGCUUUACCAGUUAUACUGGGACUUUGUCAAAGAUUGGGGUCUUUUGAACCCUAAAUCCAAAAACGCAUGGCUAAGGGACGAUCUAGUUCUCAAGAACAAGAACUACUACUAUUUCUCCAUUGUGGUGAAUUUGGUAUUGCGAGUUGCUUGGAUCGAGACAAUAGUAAGAUUCAGAGUCAAUCCUGUUCAGUCUCAUUUGUUAGAUUUCUUAUUGGCAUCACUUGAAGUCAUUCGUCGAGGCCAUUGGAACUUCUACAGAGUGGAGAAUGAGCAUUUGAACAACGUGGGCCACUUUAGGGCAGUGAAGACCGUACCAUUACCGUUCCGUGACAUGGAUUCAGACGAUUAAACAAAAAUAAUAAAAUGGAGAGUCAGUCUUGAACCAGGUUCCAUGAAGCAUCUCGGAGAAAACCUCUGGGGGGGGGGGGAAUCGCUUAACUAUUUACCCAUUAAACAAACAGAAGAGGGGACUGCUGGAUUCUUGAUUUUACAAAACUUUCCAAGUGCAAAGACAAUUUAGCUUGCCAGUUCAUAAUAUUAAUUUUCUGUAAAUUUUGAUUAGAGGUUUAUGUUCAACUCUUCUCUUCUUUUCUAAUAAAACUGUCGCUAUAUUUUCUAUG